AUGGCACGGAAAUCGAAGAAGGAAGCCCCUGCUCCUCCCAAAGCCGAAGCCAAAGUAAAGGCUUUGAAUGCAAAGAAAGCAGUCCUGAAAGGCCUCCACAGCCACGAAAAAAAGGAGAUCCGGAUGUCACCCACCUUCCAAAGACCCAAGACACUGCCACUCACAGGCAGCGCAAAUAUCCUCACAAGAGCGCCCCCAGUAGGAACAAGCUUGACUACUGUGCCAUCAUCAACUUCCCCUAACUACCGAGUCAGCCAUGAAGAAGAUAGAAGACAACAAUACACUGUGUCCACUGCGGAUGUCAAGGCCAACAAACACCACAUCAAACAGGCUGUAAAGAAGCUCCAUGACAUUGACGUGGCCAAGGUCAAGGAUGGCAAAGUCAUGAAGUUUUGGAAGAUGGUAAAGAAAAUUUAUAUUACCAUGAGCAUUGCUCUCAUUUGA